AUUAGCAUAAUUUAACAAGUUCUGAUGGACCAUCACACGUCGCAUCAUGAGCCAGACUUAAGUCAUCACAACAAGUGGUCUCCGCCAGCACAUUUGCGCACACUCUGGAGUGAUGCUGACGCAGGUGUACAGAGGCGAGCUGUCGGGGAGGAGUCAUCACGUCACGCGCCCUGUAGCGCAAGUCUCUCUCUCGCGCGCGCACACAACCGAUGCGGCGUGUUGACAGGAGCGUUCGCGUGAGCAGUUCACUCAGCGAGCUCUGUAUGCCGGUAGUCUGUGAGGCAGCAUCGCCGGUCACGUCUGACGCUCCUCAGUCGCUGAAUGACAGUUGAUUUCCAAGUAUGAAUUUGGACUCGGCUUGUUGAUGUAUUCUUGGAUGACGCCCGUUCAACUUGAAAUGACCGCAGACAGCCACGCCUUUUGACACUGCGAACCGGCACCGACUUUCUACCGUCUUUCAGUCCUAUUAUUGUUCAUUUAUUCGAGGAUUUAAGUGCGACUGCUGUUUAAUAUCCGUUUACACCAUGACGCCGGUGCGCGCGUAUCUCGCGCGGCGGACUCUGAGCUGAACGCACGAGCGCGGAUCAUGGAUUGCGCGUUCUCUUGCUGCGUUUCUCACUGUAAUCAGCGCCUUUCUCAAUGGAUGAGGAAAUAGACACCCGCAAGAUCAACAACAGCUUCCUCCGAGACCACAACUAUGCAACUGAAGCUGACAUCAUAUCCACGGUUGAGUUCAACUCUACAGGAGAGCUCCUGGCCACUGGGGACAAAGGCGGACGAGUGGUGGUCUUCCAGAGAGAACAGGAGAUGCUUCCCAAGGUGAGAACUGACCCUGAAGGUUUGCAUGGACUGAUCGGUGUUGAGAUAUUCCUUUUAAACCCAGACCACCUUUGUGCCUUGAGAUCGGAACCUGCCUCACUUACAUUUUACAGCCUCCAGGAACAAAGAAAAUGGAAAAAUAGUAAGAACCAGCCUCACCGUCGGGGGGAGUACAAUGUUUACAGCACCUUUCAGAGCCACGAGCCUGAGUUCGACUACUUGAAAAGCCUGGAGAUCGAGGAGAAGAUAAAUAAAAUCCGCUGGCUGCCUCAACAGAAUGCCGCCUAUUUCCUCCUCUCCACCAAUGAUAAAACUGUGAAGCUAUGGAAAAUCAGUGAGAGAGAUAAGCGACCAGAGGGCUACAAUCUGAAGGAUGAUGAUGGAAGGAUACGGGACCCCACCACCAUCACAGCUCUAAAGGUGCCUGUGUUGAGGCCCAUGGAUCUGAUGGUGGAGGCAACACCUCGUCGCAUUUUUUCUAAUGCACACACCUAUCACAUCAACUCCAUCUCGGUCAACAGCGACUACGAGACAUAUAUGUCCACAGAUGACCUGAGAAUCAACCUGUGGAACUUGGAGAUCACGAACCGAAGCUUCAAUAUUGUGGACAUUAAGCCAGCCAACAUGGAAGAACUGACUGAGGUGAUCACAGCGGCGGAGUUUCACCCCAACCAGUGCAAUACUUUUGUCUAUAGUAGCAGUAAGGGCUCCAUAAGACUGUGCGACAUGAGAGCCUCCGCACUCUGUGACAACCACUCGAAGUUAUUUGAGGAACCAGAAGACCCCAGUAAUCGCUCCUUCUUCUCAGAGAUCAUUUCCUCAAUCUCAGACGUGAAGUUCAGCCACAGCGGACGCUAUAUGAUGACCCGUGACUACCUCACAGUGAAGGUGUGGGAUGUCAACAUGGAGAACAAACCUCUUGAAACUUACCAGGUCCAUGACUACCUUAGAAGUAAGCUAUGCUCUCUGUAUGAGAACGACUGCAUCUUCGACAAAUUUGAAUGUGUCUGGAAUGGGACUGACAGUGUCCUAAUGACAGGCUCCUACAACAACUUCUUCCGUAUGUUUGAUCGAAACACUAAGCGGGACGUGACUCUGGAGGCCUCGCGGGAGAACGGCAAACCCCGAGCCAUCCUCAAGCCACGCAAGGUUUGCGUUGGUGGCAAACGCCGCAAAGACGAGAUCAGUGUGGACAGCCUGGACUUCAGUAAGAAGAUCCUUCACACGGCUUGGCACCCCAAUGAGAACAUCAUCGCCGUUGCCGCCACCAACAACCUCUAUAUAUUUCAGGACAAGGUCAACUAGCAUGUAGCUAGCAAGUCUCCAGUAAUCAUAACGACAAAGGGACAGAAUGUGUGAUGGUUAGCCUCACUAUUAGUGGAGACUUGGGCUUCAAAAGAGGAACUUCUAGAUGAGCUUCACCUUUUACAGCAGACUGUUGGUACUGCACUAACAAAAUGUAAAACUUGAAGGUGCACCGCAAACCACGGACAAUGACACUGGCUUUUGGACUGCUUCCGUUUUUAAUUUUUCGCAUUUUCUCCCUUGCUGUAGUUUUUGUUGGGGAUGCAAAGCAAUACAGAGAGGAUUGUUUUACCUAUUAUUUUACUAAAGGCCCUUUCACAUGAGGGCUUCAAAGCAAGUGAAAUGCUUCACUUUGACCUCUACAUGAAAAUUGUUGCAGAAAGUGUACCCAGUAAAAACGAAUGAAAUGUAUUUGAGCUUAGAACAAAAAACAUCUGGCAAUUGUUACGAUACAUCGCUGAAGGAAAAAAAGGACAAACAAAUUUUCUUUAAAUGUCAAUAUGCCAGAUUUAGAUUUUCACGUCCAUGUAAUAUAUCAUGCAAAUUGUUUAGUAAUCAUUUGAUGCACUUUGAAUGAAUUGUCAGUUGAAACAGUAUGAGCUUUGAGUUGCAACUCUUCUGGGUAACACUCCAUUGAGGAGUUCAAUUAAUUGCGUAACAUUAAUGCAAGUCAUGUGAAAGGGCCUAAUAUGGAUAGUUCACCCAAAACUUAAAAUUCUGUCAUCAUUUACUCCCCCUUAUAUUGUUUCAAACCUGUUUGACUUUCUUACAUAGAUACAAAAUGAGAUGUUAGGCAAAAUGCUAGUCUCAGUCAACGUACACUUUUAUUGUAUGGGAAAAAAGAUGCAAUGAAAGUGAAUGGUGACAGACAACAUCUUUUGUAUUCUACGGAGGAAACGUUACAUGGGUUUGGAAGAAUGUGAGGUUAAGUAAAUGACAAUUUCAUUUUUUGGGUUGAACUAUAUUUUUAAGGUAGAGCGAGGAAAUGUUUUAACUGAAACAGUAUUCAGGCUAUGUCCGCUUGAUUCUGAUCUUGGCAGAACUGAGGAUGCUAUUGGCUAAUAGAAUUUGUUUCAUCAACUUUUCAACUUUCAGUUCUCAUUUUACUUCAUGGAGGUGCAUACAUCAUUUCGGAACCCAACUACUGUAUGGUUUGAUUGAUGCAACAAAGUGAUGG